AUGUCUCUACAACAGUCCACGAGCAAGGUCAAGGCGGGGGCCCUGUGGUCCAAGAACAAGGAGGAUCUCACCAAGCAACUAUCGGAGCUGAAAACCGAGCUGGGCCAGCUGAGAAUCCAGAAGAUCGCGUCGGCGGGUUCCAAGCUCAACAAGAUCCACGACCUGCGAAAGUCUAUUGCCCGGGUCCUUACGGUCGUCAACAUCAAGCAGCGCGCCCAGCUUCGCCUGUUCUACAAGAACAAGAAGUACAUGCCUUUGGAUUUGCGUCCCAAGCAGACCCGCGCAAUCCGAAGACGUUUGUCCGCAGCCGAUGCAUCCAAGAAGCUCGAGAAGACCCGCAAGCGCGAGCAGCACUUCCCCCAACGCAAAUACGCCGUUAAGGUAAAUGCUGGGAACCCGAAGAAAUUUUGA